AUGGCCGACAAAGUCCCCAAAAACAUCCGGCCUCUAAACCGGUACAUAACAACCCACAAUAACUCCGGCCAGGCAAUCUUCUCUUCGGCCAUCUCUGAAGUAAUGCCCGUCCAACGCAUACCCGACAGUGCCGACUUCAGCCUAGCCUACACAUCGGACCACUUCCCCGCGCAACUAAACAACGACUCCGACAUCACCGAAUACAACAACUACCUAUCCUCCCCACCCGGAAUAACAAUCUCAACCGGCACCGUCUGCCGCAUCGUGGACAUACAGCCCCACGCUACGAGUCCCAUGCACCGCACCGUCAGUCUGGAUUAUGGCGUUGUGCUCGAGGGCGAGAUCGAGCUGGUUCUUGAUUCGGGAGAGACGAGGUUGUUGAAGAGGGGGGAUGUUGCUGUGCAGAGAGGCACGAAUCAUGCUUGGAAGAAUGUUACCCCGGAUGCUAUUGUUGACGGUGUGGCGGUGCCGCAGUGGGCGAGAAUGCUUUAUGUGCUGUCGCCGUCGGAGGAAAUUGAGAUUGAGGGGAAGAAGUUGAAGGAGGUCGUUGAUGGGAUUGGUGUGCGUGCUAGUACUUAG